AUGGGGAUUUCCUCCGCUUCCUAUCAUCCCCCAACCUUGCAGCUUCCGUCCUCCGCCGUCGGCGCCUCCCGACGCUGCGGCUCUCCCGACUGGGUCAUGCUGGAUGAAACAGCGUACAUCUCCGACCGCCGGAACAAAUCCACCGCUGAGUCCCAGACGAGCGAGGGCCAGAUCAUCCAGGUGUCCUUCUGGCUCGUCGAUCCGCCGGGUCUUUCCUACUUCACUGUCCAUUGCCCGGGACUGGAGGAGGACGGCCUCGACUGUGAGCCCUCCGUGAGCCCAUGCGAUUACUUCGUCUACAGGGCUGCCCCCUGGAGUCCAUGGCUCGACCUGCUUCCUGACCCCAAUGUCAUGUCCUUCAACUCCAAGAAAUUUGGCCUCUUCCCUUGUCGCAGCGGUGUCAGUGAGCACUAUAAUGUGGCCUUCCUCAAUAUUGAAUGGGUGCCCUCUGAUGUAGCUUGCCAGUUUGAGCUAUACAUCUUCUCAUCCAAGAACAGAAAGUGGGACGUUAAACCAGUCUUGCAGGACUUGUCCCGUUCUGAGAAUCACAAGGUAGCCCUCGAGCAUGAGAUCGACAAGCUGAUCAAUAUAGGACACGAUUCGUUGUGCUUGGUUGAUCUCUGGCAUGGUAUUAUUCUGCUCGAAAAGAUGUUCGACGACUACCCAGUUGUGAGAUAUAUGACAUUCCCUAAGCCAGUGGUGUACACCACGGAUGCCUAUGGUGAAACUGUAUGCGGCGAAACAGCCCCAGAGUGUGUACGGGAUGUUGCCUGCUGCAAUGGUUUGAUCAAGUUUGUGGACGUAGAAUACUGCUACACUGACGAGACCAAUGGUAAUGGUUGGAAAGCCACAACAUGGAAUAGGUUGCCUUCUUGGAAAGAUUGGCGCAAGCGUUUCACAGUUGACAAAACUGACAUCUUGGUUGAUCCCAGUUAUGCCGCUGUUUUGCCUGAGCUGUGGGACAAUAAUACCAAAAACAUGGAACUGAAGAGACUGAUUUGUUCUAUCCCCACUCUGAGUAUGCUUGAUGAUGACUUUCUUUACAUGAUAACCAAGAUGAACGAAGAAGACAAAAAUGCCUGGAUCAUCUCUGUUGACAUGAAACAUAACACACUGCAAGAUGUGGCCCCAAUUUCUGCUGCAAGGUUCUCCAUUCUCAGUUCAAUUUGCCAUCCCUGUGCAAUCUCUAAGUACCUCAAGAUUAGCUGGAUAAGUGCUAUUGCUGUUGGUGAUGCAAAUGGGUAUAUCUAUGAAGGGCAGUAUGUGAGUAUUAGGGCCUGUUUGGGAAACAGGGACUUAUUUUAAGUCCCUGUCACAUCGGAUGUUUAUACACUAAUUUAGAGUAUUAAACAUACACUAAUUAUAAAACCUAUUCUAUAACCUUGGACUAAUU